AAAACCCACCAAAAAUCAUGACCGUUAAAACCUCCGAAAGCUCUCCCGACUCCUGCUACCUUCUUGUUGCUUCCUCUUCCACAAUUCUCUGUCAGCGAGAUUAAGAAAAAUCCCUAAUUCACUAAUUAUUAAUCGAAAUCCUGCCAUGGACGGCGUUGCGCAACCUUCAACAUCGACGAACAAAGCGUUUUCUUUCAUUUCUAAAGGAUGGAGGGAGGUCCGUGACUCGGCUGACGCGGAUCUCCAACUCAUGCGGGCCCGAGCCAACUCGUUCAAGAACCUCGCCAACUCCUUCGAUAGAGAGCUCGAGAAUUUCUUGAAUUCCGCUUCCACUUCCUUUUCAGUACAAUCCUUCAGGUCAUCAACGUCUACGGAAUUGGACUUUGUAAAGAAACUGCAGCCUAAGAUUUCGGAGUUUCGAAGGGUUUACUCGGCGCCGGAGAUUAGCAAGAAGGUGUUGGAGAAGUGGAGGCCGAGGGCUAAGCUAGGGAUUGAUUUGUCGGCUAUAAGGAACGCAAUAGUGGCGGAGGUGGACGAUGGGGAUAGAGAUGGGAUUGUGGAGUUCAGGAGAAGGAGGAAGCCGGUUAGGUUUAGGGAGUUUUGGGGGGAGUGGAAAGAUGAAGGAGGUCAAUUUGAGGAAUGGGAGCCGAUAAGGGCAUUUAAAAGGAGAUUGAGGGAGUUGGAGAGAAAGAGCGAGUCCGUGGAGAUUUUUGGGGGCUUCAAGAAUAAUGAGUUUGUGGAGAAAUUGAAAGCCAGCUUGAAAGCAAUCCGGGAGCCUCAAGAUUCAAAGGAAGUACCACCACUGGAUGUACCAGAACUCUUGGCAUAUUUUGUUAGGCAAUCUGGACCUUUUUUGGAUCAACUUGGUGUUAGAAGAGAUAUAUGUGACAAGAUAGUUGAAAGUCUGUGCAGUAAACGCAAGAAUCAAUUUUUACUGCGCUCACUUUCUGCAGGAGAAUCCACUUUCUUUGAUAAUGAGAAUGUUAAUGAUGAACUGGAUUUAAGGAUAGCAAGUGUCCUUCAAAGUACUGGGCAUCGUUAUGAAGGUGGCUUUUGGACGGAUUUAUCAAAACAUAACCCAUCAGAUGGAAAGAGGCAUGUAGCCAUUGUCACAACUGCUAGUCUUCCAUGGAUGACCGGGACAGCUGUAAAUCCACUUUUUCGAGCAGCAUAUUUAUCGAAGUCUGAAAAACAAAAGGUCACUUUGCUGGUUCCAUGGCUUUGCAAGUCAGAUCAAGAACUAGUUUAUCCCAACAAUCUCACUUUUAGUUCACCAGAAGAGCAGGAGAAUUAUAUUCGGAACUGGCUUGAGGAUAGGGUUGGCUUUAAGGCUGAUUUUAAAAUAUCAUUUUAUCCAGGAAAGUUCUCAAAAGCACGGAGAAGCAUAAUCCCUGCUGGAGAUACAUCACAAUUUAUUCCGUCAAAAGAUGCUGACAUAGCUAUCCUGGAAGAACCAGAACACUUGAAUUGGUAUCACCAUGGUAAGCGAUGGACAGAUAAGUUCAACCACGUAGUUGGUGUUGUCCACACAAAUUACCUAGAAUACAUCAAGAGGGAGAGGAAUGGGGCUCUGCAAGCCUUUUUUGUCAAACACAUAAACAAUUGGGUUACCCGAGCAUAUUGUCACAAGGUUCUUCGCCUUUCUGCUGCCACCCAGAAUUUACCAAAGUCCGUGAUUUGCAAUGUUCAUGGUGUGAAUCCGAAGUUUUUGAAAAUCGGAGAAAAAAUUGCUGUAGAAAGGGAGCUUGGGCAGCCUGCCUUCUCAAAAGGAGCAUAUUUCUUAGGUAAGAUGGUCUGGGCAAAGGGAUACAGAGAGUUGAUAGAUUUGCUAGCAAAGCACAAAAAUGAGCUGGAUGGCUUCAAUUUGGAUGUGUUUGGGAAUGGAGAGGAUGCACAUGAAGUUCAGAUUGCAGCUAAAAGGUUGGAUUUGAAAGUCAACUUUCUGAAAGGGAGAGACCACGCAGAUGAUUCUCUUCAUGGGUACAAAGUUUUCAUAAAUCCUAGUGUGAGUGAUGUGCUCUGCACAGCUACUGCUGAGGCGCUUGCAAUGGGAAAAUUUGUUAUAUGUGCUGAUCACCCAUCAAAUGAGUUCUUCAGGUCCUUUCCUAACUGUUUAACUUACAAGACAUCCGAGGACUUUGUUGCAAAAGUGAAAGAAGCAUUAGCAAAUGAGCCUCAACCUCUGACACCUGAGCAAAGAUAUAAUCUCUCUUGGGAAGCUGCAACAGAGAGAUUUAUGCAAUAUUCCGAGCUUGACAAAGUCUUGAAUGAUGACAAUGGCAAUACAACAUUUAGCAAAACUAAUGGAAAGAGCAUUGCAAAAGCGGUUUCAUUGCCUAAAAUGUCCGAGGUGGUUGAUGGAGGGUUGGCAUUUGCCCAUUAUUGUCUCACAGGAAAUGAGUUCCUUAGACUCUGUACUGGAGCAAUACCGGGGACACGUGACUAUGACAAGCAGCAUUGUAAAGACCUGCAUCUCUUGCCUCCACAAGUAGAGAAUCCCAUAUAUGGCUGGUAAGCAAACAAACUUGUCUGUAUCAACAGCCAUUUGUAUAAUAAUCGCACUCUGUAUUUAGAAGCUUGCUAGGCUUGUUAGCUGGAAGUAUCUAUGCUUGUUCUACAAAUGUAUUUAGCUCUGAUCAUCUAUUGAGACAGCUUCAUCCAAAUUUUGUUUCUUGCUAAUAAAUGUGAGUAAAUUUUCAGAGUUCAA